AUGAUUGCAUCCGCUUCCCUUCUGACCCCAGAUCCUACUUUGCAAAAACUGGGUAUUACGAUCCAAGAGUGCGUGUUGGAUAUACUCCCAAGACAUUUCCGGACAGGAAACUCAAUUAUCAGAGAUUUGGAGCUUGCCCAGGCCUUUCUCAUCACAGUUGAGGUUGGCCUCUGGAGUGGACAAAUGAAGCAAACGGAAGCAGCCGAAAGCUUCCUGCAACCGCUAUUGACGAUGAUGCGCCGCACCGGCAAGUUUAAUCACUCCAGUUACCCCAAUAUGAGGAUAGACAGCGUGGAUGAUGGCCGCCUCGAGUCAUUCUGGCAGGAGUGGGUGGAGCUGGAAAGCUUCAAGCGGCUGGUGUUUAGAGUGCUCAAACACGAUACGAAUACAUCGAUGGCCCUACAGACAAACCCCCUCAUUUCAUACGCCGAGUUAUCUCUACCCCUCCCACAGCCCACAAGUCUAUGGUGUGCGCCAACGGCCGAGAAGUGGAAGGCCACCUUUCUCAAUCAAGGCAUCGACAGCGACCGAACACUCACAAUACAUGACUAUUUCAAUGACCCACAGCAGUUGUUUACCUGGGAUAAAGCCCUGGAUAUUGACAUCGCUCGAGAUGCGUUUUUAUCGUGUUGUUGGCGCCUCUCGUGGGAAUACAUCCAGCUGCGGUCCUUCCAAGCAAACCAUCCGCAGCGAUGGAGCUCUACAGUAAUGAGCCUACGAUACGAGGAGCUCAUCCAACAGAUGAAGUAUUUUCACAGCGGUGUCAGCCUCUUGGCGAACCCUCUUUUGGAUGCAGAAAUGAAGAUGCAUCAUAUUCAGCUGCACCUCCACCUGCCCUGCCACGAUAUUCAAUUGCUCAAUACAUCAAAAACCCCCGAUCAACUUGAAGCGGCUUCUCUCAGGCUUGGCAGGUGGUCUAAGGAAGUGUCAGCUCGGAAGUCGAUAUUACAUGCCGGGCAAAUAAUUCGAAUAGCUGCUUCAUCUCUACACGCAACAAUCCGGGGACCAGCUGCUUUCAUGUUGUACCAUGCGGGACUGGCACUUCUGAUCUAUGGCAAAUUCUCUGCAAACAAGAACUGGAUGAGUGCACGUAAAGACGGCUCCACUAUUCAAGGGUUCGAGCAACGCCAAGUUGUUCGUGUUGAUGGUGUCGACAGUGCCAUUACACAAAAGUUCGUCGAGUUUGGGCUUGGUACACCCACCAUUCAAGACUAUUCAGAUUUAGGGCAUACUCUAGGUGAAGUAUCAGUGAGCAAUUGUCAGGAUAUUUCGAGUGCUAUCAUUCAGGUCUUUCGAGGCAACUACAAGGGUUCUCUGCGACCCCCAAUCGUGAAUCAGAUGAUACAGUUAAUAGCAGACCUUCAAGGAGUCUUGAAAGAGUAUCCUGAAUAA